AUGGACGACUCAGAGGGGAAGCCGCCAUCCGACAGCGUGCCCAAGUGGCAACUCAACCUCCCCGGCGAUGAACCAGCAGCCGAUGAUGCGCCGUCACAAGCUGAAGAUAAUAAUAUCCAGUCAGACAAGCUCGAGGUCGCGAGGCGAUUCCUCGAGGACGAUGCAGUCAAGAGUGCGCCGCGAGAGGUCAAGAUUGACUUUUUGAAGUCAAAGGGCGUUGGAGAUGAGGAUAUCCAGUUUCUCCUGAGCGAGCCUGAAGGAGAGCCAUCAGCGACGGAAGAUGCAACCCCAACAGACGAAUCCAACCAGAAAGCACUCUCCGUGCUAGAAAAAUCAUUCGCUCCUACACCACCACCACCGGCCGCUCCCGCGCCCCCGACGUCCAUUCUCGCAGGAAGCGAUCGUCCCCCCGUGGUGACAUAUCCCGAGUUCCUCACCAAGCCCCAAAACGAUCCCCCCUUGGUCACAACAAAUGGACUUCUCAACACGCUCUAUGCCUUUGGCGGUCUAUCCACGCUUCUCUACGGCGCCAGUAAAUUCGCCGUCGAGCCAAUGGUCGAGAAACAGACAAACGCGCGUAUCGACCUGCACGAGACCACUUCCAAGAAGCUGGACUCUAUCCUCACGCAGCUCGAAAGCACCGUCUCCGUCGUCCCGUCAUACCACAAGUCUGGAGCCAAUACUACUUCUUCAGAGGCUGAAGAUGUCGACGACCCUUCCGAAAUGUUCCACCGAGACAUCGGCACGCAGACGUCCUCCCCUCUCACCUCUUCAUCAAAGAGCAAAGUAGAGGCCCAGUCGAAGCUCCAAGCGGACCGUCUUUCACAGCUAGCCAAGUCCCUCACGGGGCUCACAAACGACUACAAGAAGCAAAGCACCGAUUCUGAGAAUGUCAAGGCUUUCUUGGACACUUUCCGCGAUGAGUUGGACACCAUGACAUACGGCAACCAGACUGAGAUAUUCGGCGCCUAUGAUAUAAACAAAAAGAAAAAGAAGAACGACGAAGACGAGAUUCGAAAAGUGAGGGAUAAUAUCAGGAGGAUAAAGGGAGUUCUCUUGAGUGCGCGGACGUUUCCUACAUCUGCUAGGUGA